AUGGCGUUAUCAGUCAUGCAAGCCGGGCAACAGCUGGACUGGCGUUCAUUCGAGGACCAAGAUGCUGACGGCGAAGGUGCCAAUCUAAACUCAGCCGAUGCUGUCCAGCUCAUCGCCAAGACCGCGAGGCUUUCAAUAUCAGGUUUCCGGGCCGAAAGCAUUGAAUUGUCAGCUCCUGGGAACAGCGGCUGCUCGCUGAUCCCAAGAAGCCAUGAUGCUCGAACGUGUGCAGCCACGACAGGAGAGUGGAGAGAAGACAUUUCCGCGGAAACCUCAGCAACGGUCUGCAGAAUGUCGACAAACGCGUCCAACUCGUCGAUGAUCCAGACUCCUUCCGCAUCUCGUUUCCCUGGCGAAAACUUGAACGCUCUCGGCAUGGACCAAACCUCCCACCGCCUCCGCACCCUCUCCUUAGCCCCCUACCUUCACCACGCCCGCCUCCGCCGAACGCGCGCCCUCCUUCCGCCCCUACUCACCUCCCCUGCGCGGCCGUCCCUCGCCGACCUGAUCCGUCGCUCCAUCGUGCUGACCCACACUGCCUUCGCCUCGCGCCGGCUCGCGCGCAAGCUAACCUCGAUCCGCCUCGCGCGGCAGCUCGCACGCCGCCCGUCGGCCGAGACGCUCGUCGAGCGGUGCGUGCUCCCGCCCGAGUGUCUCCCCUGCUCUGCGUCCAAGACGAAGAAAGGAGGAGGAGGGGGUGGGGCGGUGGUCGCGCCGGCGCUGGUGGCGAGGAAGAGAGCGGUCGAGAGGGAGAGGGUGAAGGAUCUGCUGAGGGAGUGGAUUGGGAAUGUUUGGAAGGGGGAGGUUGUGAAGAGAGAGGAGGGGGUUAGGCGGCGGGAGGAACGGGCUGGUGUCGGGAGGGUCUGGAGGUUGAGGAGAUACUGGGAGAGGGUGGCCAGGGGGGAGGUAUGA